CUGGCCUCUGCUUUGAUUUGCAGAUCGCUGUCUACUAAGUACGGAUCUGCUUGGCACGUGUUUUGUUGGAUCGAUCCGUCGUCUUUACAUAUCCUUCGUACAGUAUAUCUCUCCCAGUCGGGAAACCUCUAUGCUCCCACAGUCGUACUCGGGCAUUCCCUCAUAUUACCGCUUACGUCAACUCCGUCCUGGCCACCAACCCUUCUCAGCACAAUCAAGAGGUCGAGCGAAGGAACAUACACCGUAGCCGCUGGCACUCGACAUUACUGCUUUAGUGUAGCCAGACGAUCAGCAUAGCUACAUAAGCCACAUCGCUGAUUGGGCGUCUGCAUGCGAUAGUCGAGUGUAUGGACUCGACGAUUUUGUGGCAAGGACGACACGACUCACUUCCCGCCGUUUUCAACCAAUCUAAUACAAUACACCGCAUAUAAUGGCCAACUAUCAGCCACUUGCCACAUCACCCACUGUCGCAGACGUUGUCGAAUCUCAACAACACAAACAUCCCGUGCGCCGCCGUUGGCAUCUUCGUACUCGACCGUUACUGCUUUUCGGUCUUCUCGGCACCUGCUCCCUCCUCGGUAUACUCUACGCUCUCUUCUUCCGCCCCUCAUCUUACGAAACCAUAAUUAUCAAAGCAGCUGAUAAUCCAUACUUCCAAACCGGCGAAGUAUGGACACACAACGACCAAGUUGCUGCUCGGCUUGAGCGAUGUGCCACUCUCGGUUUAUUACGAAAUACUUCUCUGCCUUUAACCUCGCACGAACGUCUUAGCGAUGAAGAAGAGUCUGAGCUUGUCGCUCAGGGGUGCGGUACGAACGAAACAACCGUUAUUAUCCUCUCUUCUAUUUACUUUGCUGAAGCGUUCUCUGGUGCUUCCGUCACUGGCGAAACAGUUUACGCCCAAUCUGUCAUUUCCACGCUCAACGCCUACAACUAUUCUUACAUGUUCAGUUCUUUGGGGUGGUGGAACCCAGAUAUGAGGAAAACGGUGGAGUUGUGGCAUAAGCAUAGGUGGAACGUGAGGAUGGUGUUGGCUGAUCCGGAACAAGUCGAUGUAUGUUGGAAGUUGACGGACCAAAAGUGUUUGAAGACGGAAAAUAAUCUCGAGGGUAUUGAGGCUUGGCGUUUACUUGCAUUUUGGUACUGGGACGACCCCGGAACACCACUGGGCCCACAGUUCACCCUCUCCCCAUCUCCUCGAAAUUCAAACCACUUCCUAUCCUAUUCCAUUGAACCUACCUGCCACCGUCUUCCUUACCUGCCCCCUUCCCAACGUUCCGACCCUCCACAAGCCUAUCUCCUCGCUAAACAAAUGCACUACCUAGACGAUACCCCUGCUUUUUCUUGGACGCUACCGGCGCUGAUGGGGCUGCAAGAGGAGUUUGGUAUCCAGGUCGUAGCCGGGUUGAGGGAUGAUGAUCCGGUUACGGCUAAAGCUGUAGAAGAUAUAGGCCUGAAAAAUCUGGGGAAGCUGGGCGUGAUCGAGUUUUAUGCGCAGCUGUCAAAAAGUUUUGUGCUACUUGGUGUGGGUCGACCUAGGAUAAGUCCCAGUCCUUGGGAUGCUUUGUGCAUGGGCGUUCCUUUUAUCAAUCCCAUCUUGACUUGGGACGAGACCGAUCCAUUGAAUCGAACCAAAUGGCACGCUCAACAAUGGCACAUGACUGACCUCGAUCCACCAUACGUCUACUCCGUCCCUACGCACAACCUCACCGCCCUCCGCCUCGCCGUGCAAGCCGCCCUACUAAACCCCAUUGAAUCCUUUAUUCCACCAUACAUGAAAUGGGAAUUCGUGCUAGAAAAGAUGGUGGAGAUGGUAGAAGGUGAUUGGAGAGAAAAAGCGAAGAGAUUGUUGGAAGAGAGGGUUAGGAAUGGCGGACAGACUUUUGUUCUAUAGAUCUAUUCUAUAGAAAUAUUCUCUAUCAUUGUUUCAUUUGUUGAUUAGCAACAUAUUUGCAACGAGUCAUAUACUUUAUAUCUUGGUCCUUUGUUCUUUUGGUUGUUUUUCGGCUACUUGUUUUUUUUGGGUUAACGAUGCACAUGUUGUAAUCUCCGACAUCCUUGGAC